AUGAAGUGUUGGAUCUACAAUAACAUGCUGACUAGCAAGAUGUCCUGGGAUCUGAUGAUUUACAACCUUCCUGUAAGUUCUGUGUACGAACUGGAUGCUAUCUGCACCAGAUUCUUGAAGAAGUGGUUGGGUGUUACUAGAUCAAUUACUGUGACAGUCCUGUACAGGAGCAAGGAUUACUUCGGGCUAAACUUGAAGAAGCUAAGUGACUUAUACAAGUCUCUUCAGGUAUCAAAGGGACACGCCCUGAAGAACAGUGAUGACACCAAAGUUGUAGAAGCCUAUAAUAACAAGAGAGAGAAACAGGAGAACAGCCCGAGAUGGUCUUAUACAACGGAGCUGACGGCAAGAGAGCGAGAUCUCUACUUCCAGGAGUUGGUUGGAGUAGUGACUAAAGACCGAGUAGGACUCGGAUGCAAACCAAAGUUGACUGAGAGGCAGAAGCUAAGACAACUGGUAGAAUCGGUGUCAGAGAACGACAUGCUAGUCACCCUGGUAAACAAGGGAGUACAGGGCAAGUUCUUGACAUGGGAGAACACGAUGCAGUUAGACUUAGGAUGGAACAGCCUUAUCUACAACUACAAGAUGAGCCCGGCUCUCCUUAAAUUCCACCUAAACUCGACGCACGACGUGGCUAAUACCCCUGCAAACAUGAAAUUGUGGAACUACUCGAGUACAGGAAAUUGUACACUUUGUGGUUGGAAGACGUGCAACAUCAAGCACAUCCUAGCCGUCUGCAGUAUAGCAAGGAACUCCAAAAGGUACAACUGGAGACAUGACAACGUCCUACGUGUUAUAGCCAUAGCCUUGCUUGACCAACUCAAGAUGUACAAUUCCUCAGGUUCCACGACCUCCGACAAAGAAUGGAUACGGUUCAAGUCGAAGGAUGGGAAGUAUGAACACCCAAAGCCAAAGCUGAGGAAGGAGAGGCCCUUUGAGAGAGCGAAAGACUGGAAGCUGAUAUGGGACGAGGAUACACUACCUGCCCAGUUCCCACAGCACAUCUACAACACAGCGGAGAGACCCGACAUUGUAGUAUGGUCGGAUAGUUUGAGAGAAGUAGUUCUGAUUGAACUGACUUGUGGUGACGAGAGUAACUUCAGUGACCAAGUAGCAUGUAAAGAAGCACGCUACAACAGAGAGCUGAUUCCUGGCAUCGACGGGUGCGGUUGGAAAGCUCUGCUCUUUACGGUAGAGAUUGGGUGUAGGGGCUUCUGGCACCAUACUGUACCAGCUCUAUUCAACUACUUUGGAUUGGCGAAGAGAACGAAGAAUAAAGCCCUGAAUGAGGCUGCUUUGGUCGCUCUUCGAUGUUCCUAUACAAUCUGGUUAGCCCGCGACAACAAGAAAUGGUCUACCUGCUACGACAUCGCAAGGAGGCCAGAAGUCAUAAACUGUGAAAGCUGA